GUUAUUAGUAUUCAAGCUCGGGGAAUUCAGAUUAUAAACUGGUUCCUUGGUGUAUUUCUUUUCAUUGUGCUUAAAGACCGAGAUCAGAAAAGGCAAACAGGAUUUCUGCAGGUUCAUCCUCCACAACAAACCACAAGAUUUUCUACACAUGUAAUGGCGAGUUUUUUCACUUUCGUGGAGCCAGUGGUGGUUUUGCACAAACUGGGCACGAACUUCUUUGAGAUGGCUCUCACCCUGACAGUGUACAACCGCUCACUGGUUACAGCAGCUGGACAUCCUGACCAAGCCCAAGCAGCUUCCGCGAGCUUCUUCCUCAUCCAAUCCAUCGUCUUAGCAGUAGCGGCCAUGUUUUCCAGCUUCCCACUAGGCCGCUUGGCAGACCGAUGGGGACCCAAAGUGUUUUUGGUCAUCCCUCAGAUAGGUUCUCUCAUGGGAAUGUGCUUCCUGCUUGUUUUCCUGUUCUACGAUCUGCCUGUAGAGUUCCUCUUCCUCGGAGCCAUGGUGUUCGGCCUCUGUGGAGGAGCUCCUGCUUAUUGGGCAGGUGUGGUGGCUAUGGCCUCACUCAACUCUCAGCAGAAGCACCGCACUUUAAAACUCAACCUCGUGGAUUUCUGCGUUGGUGUCGCAGGGGUGCUGGGUGGUCUGCUAUCUGGGUACGUGUACCAGUUAGGACAUCAGGGAUUGGUCCUGCUAAUGACCGCCAUGCUCUUCAGUGCGGCGGCGCUUUUUUAUGCCGUGUUUCUUCUCUCCAGCUCGGUACAAAACAGUGAUGAGAAGGAGAAGCUUCUGCCUAGUGGUAUAAGGAUGGACAGAGUAGCAGUGGGGCUGUUGAUAUCAGCCAUUGUGCUGUUUGAUCUGGGGAUGAUCGGAGCAGAGAAUGUUCUCACACUCUAUGUGCUUAAGCCUCCAAUGAGCUGGGAUUCAGUGUGGGCUGGUUACGGCAAGGCGGCCACAAACGCCAUGUACCUGAGCAGCUUCCUCGGGGUUCUGAUGUUAUCUGGUGUGCUCGGAGAUGUGGCCUUGUCUCUGCUUGGCAUCGUGUCUAACUGUACAGGAAUGGCCAUCAUGGCAUUCGCGGUGGAGAGUUGGGUCUAUUUCUUUGCACGAGGGAUAAUGAUGUUCGCCUGUGUUCCCAUGCCAACGCUCCGAGCGAUGCUUUCCAAAGUUCUGGACGCAGAGGAAUAUGGAUGUGUUUUUGGGCGUCUACAGUUGGCUCUUUCUGUGACUGAACUUCUUUCCACUGUGCUCUUCACCUCGAUUUACCCUCUCACUCUGAGCUGGUACAGCGGCCUGAGCUUCCUUCUCUCGUGUGCCAUCAGUUACCUCAGCGUCAUUCCGAUCCUAUACCUGAAGUACAGGAGAAGGAGAACUUUACACACAACUCUAUAAAGAAGAAAUAUAUAUUUAUUAAAAAUACAUGCAAGGAUUGUACUUGCUUUAGGAUGCCAUGGAAAAGCUACAAACCCUGUUACACUACAAGCUUUUAGUUGUUAUUAUUCCUCGAGUGUCUCUGGUUGAGCUCGAGGUCAUUUUUCCCCAGAGUAGAAUGUUCUAAUAUUAUAUUUACCAGAUAUCCAGACAGACGGCAUCAUAUCCCACGUCCCUGUGCAUUUCACGUUACUCACCAUGUCUAGCAAAGAUGCCUGAACUGAAAAAUGUCCAACACACCUAAUGGCUGCUCUGAAACGUUAUUAAGAAUGUGGUUAGGCAGAUCUUCCUGAGCUGAGAGGAUGCUCUCCUCCUGCAGAUCUUCUUCUUCACUAAGAGGGUCAGGAGGAUAUUAAGUAUAUUAUUUCUGCAGUUCCUUCCAUCAGCACUAUUUGCCUGUAAAACAGUACUUUUUGUCUACAAUCUCCCAUGCACAGAUUUUUCUCUGAUCAUUUCACAGGUUUUUGAUAGGAUUUAGAUCUUCUUUGUGAUUGAGGACAUUCCAAAACAUUGAUCUUCUUCGUUUUCUGAAGCUAUUUAUUUGCUGAAUUGGAUUUUGGUCGUUACUGUGCUCAAAGAUGAAUGCCUUCUUUAUCUUUAUUCUUUGUCUUAACCUGAAGAGUCUGAGUCCCAGCUGAAAAGAGAAGAAGCCUGAAAGUGAUGCCUCCACCAUCGUGCUUCACUUUCCGGGGGGUGGGGGUGGUGGGCUGUUCUUCAGGUGGUAAAUAAGCUGCCUUUUUUGCACAUAACAUAUUUUUUAGAAUUUAGUAGGAAAUAUUCACCCCUGUCUCAGACUAUAGCACAUGACUGUGGUGGUGAUUUAUGUGGGUUUGGAUGGAGGACUUCUUUCUAGCCGGACUGCCACAUCACCCAGACAUGUGAAGAACACUAAAGAUUGUUGAGUGAUAGGUGCUUGCAGCCUCCCUGAUAAAUUUCCUCUUGUCCUUUUAUCUACUUUGGAGGGACAUUCUGUUCUUGGUAAAUGUCACUGUGAUGCCGUAUUUUCUACACUUAUUGAUGACAGCCUUCACAGUGUUCCAUGGUACAUCUAAUGUUAUGGAGAUUCUCUUGUCUCCUUCUCCUGAUUUUUUUCAACAAUGAGAUCAAGUACACGCUUUGUAAACUCUCUGCAGACCAGAAACGACAGAUUUCGACUCAUUUAAAAAAUAUAUUUCUAUUUCUUGAAUUCUAAAGGUAUUUAUAUUACAUUGAAAGGUGGAAAAAAUAAAUAAAAAAUCAGAUAACCCGUUUCACACUUCUGCUGAUGAACCAGGAAGUGUUUUCUCUCUUUUCUGUAAGGACAAUGAACAUAUAUUCAAUAAAGAAUGUGUAAUGAGUGUAAACAUGGGACACCAUGUGAGUGGGUAAACACUGUGCUGAGACAUUUUAAGCUUUCUUCAUUUAUCCUGCGUGCUGUUUUGUAGCUUUACGGCCAAAUUACAAACGUAGAAAGAAAGCAGAUGAGUAUUACUAUAAUUAAAAACUAGUGUAUGAUCCUAUUAGUCAAUGCUGGUUUUAAUGAUUCAUCAACCUUUUCUGUAGUUCAUUAACCUUUAAUAUCAAACCAGGGUUUUGCUUUAGAACUUAAAGUAGGUGGAGUUGAUACCACAGAACAUGUACUUUAGAGCUCUACACCAUCAAGAACAUGGGUUUGAACCACCAUAAAAAGCACACAAGGCAUCUGGGGAUAUAAAUAAUUAAAUUAAAUUAAAUUAAUUUUAAUUAUAUGUUUAAAAAAGACAUAAUAAUAAGUUAUUCUCAGAUGUCUGCUUAAGAGUUUUUUCCUUUUCCAUUGUAGGGAAGUGAAAUAAAAAUAAGGAAACAUUGCUUGACCUUCUCGAUAGUAGUUUAUAUUCUCUAAGCAGUGGAUUCCUUCUGUGAAGUUUGAGUCUGAAUGCCCUUGAGCUCAGCCCUUAGACACUCCACAUAUCUGUCGCAGUGUUCAAGUUCAAACUGGUGAUGUGGAGCACAUACUGACUCUUUAAUGCUCUAAUCUUCUUUUCUACCGGGGAUUCAGAUUUACAUUACUGAGACACAGCUCUGAUUCUGAACCUACAGA